AUCGAGAAAAAUUGGCUAGUGAUUAUUUACGACUAAGCAAUAAAGAAAUUGACCAAAUAAAAAACAUUAACUCGAUUUAUCAAAUUGCUCUGGAUGAAAAAGAUAAGUUUAGAGUUUAUGGCAUCAAGCGAAAAUUUCGUGAAGAAGACUAUUUUGAAAUCUUACUUUUUGAUCCUAAUCAUCUUUUUCAUCUUAACAAGAAAAAAGGUAAAUAUCCUUACGGAGGAGAAGCGGAACGAGCAGCAAGAAAAAAAGUCGAAGAAUAA